GCGGUACCGGGGGCGGUACCGGGGGCGGUACCGGGGGAGGUACCGGGGGAGGCACCGGCGGCACCAUCGCGCUCCCGCGGGCCGGCACCGGGCACACGAUGCGUCCCCAAAUCCCCCGGGCCGGCGGCCCCGCGGCGCCGCUGCUGCUCGCCACCCUGCUCGCCACCCUGCUCGCCACCGCGCUCGCCGGUGAGGUGCUGCCCAGCGCCCGCGGCAGGAAGAAGGUGGUUCAUGUGAUGGAGGGUGACAGCGGUGCCGUGGUGGUGCAGACCGCUCCGGGCAAGGUGGUGACCCACCGCGGCGGCACCAUCAUCCUGCCCUGCCGCUACCACUACGACAUCUCCGCGCACGACCCGGCCGAGAUCCGCCUCAAGUGGACCAAAGUGACCGAGCCCAUGGAUUUCGUGGACGUGUUCGUGGCGCUGGGCAAAGCCCGGCGGGCGUUCGGCUCCUACCGGGGCCGCACGGCGCUGCAGGAGGACGGCGCGGGCGACGCCUCCCUCAUCAUCCGCAACGUCACCCUGCAGGACUACGGGCGCUACGAGUGCGAGGUGACCAACGAGCUCGAGGAUGACACCGGAGUGGUCAAACUGGACCUGGAAGGGGUGAUUUUCCCGUACCACCCGCGCUUGGGGCGCUACACCCUGAACUUCCACGAGGCUCAGCAGGCGUGCCUGGAGCAGGACGGGAUCCUGGCGUCGCACGAUCAGCUGCACCAGGCGUGGCUGGAGGGGCUGGACUGGUGCAACGCGGGCUGGCUGCAGGACGGCUCGGUGCAGUACCCGAUCUCCCGGCCCCGCGAGCGCUGCGGCCGCAAGGACACGCCCGUGGGAGUCCGGAAUUACGGCUUCAGGCACAAGGAGAGCGAGCAUUAUGAUGCCUUCUGCUUCACCUCCAACCUCAACGGCAAAGUCUAUUUCCUGAAAACCUUCCGCAAGCUGAGCUACCCGGAGGCGGUGCAGGCGUGCAAGAACAACGGGGCCGCGGUGGCCAAGGUGGGGCAGCUGUACGCGGCCUGGAAGAUCCAGCUGCUGGACCGCUGCGAGGCGGGCUGGCUGGAGGACGGCAGCAUCCGCUACCCCAUCGUCAACCCCCGCGCCCGCUGCGGCGGCCGCGAGCCCGGCGUGCGCAACCUCGGCUUCCCCGACAAGAAGUACAAGCUCUUCGGCGUUUAUUGCUUUAAAAAAGCCGGAGGAGCCGCGCCCGUGGUGGGUGGGGGGCUCCCCAAGCGCGUGUGAGGGCGGCACCCCCGGGUUUGGUCGGGGGUUGGUUUUUUUUUUUCUCUCUCCUCCUGUGCUGUGCGGGGAGCUGCGGGCGGCUCCUGGCUGCGGAG